UGGCUAAAGUGGGGGCGUUUGUAAAUAAAGUAAAUAUCAACCACGCAAGGUACAUGAAAAGGUUUGCGGUCGUCGUUUAUAAUUUUUUAGUAAUUCCACUCCGCUACAUCCCCUGACCGAAGAUCUAACAUGUCUGAAGAAAUUUCAGACAGCGAAAGUCAAGAUAUACUGGAGCACAACGAAACGGUACGGGCACUCUCUUCCGGUUUACUGCAAAUCUACGAACCAAAACUGAAGAAGGUGAAAGACAAUCUUAAGGAACUGAUAAACAAGCAGAACGAUCUUCAAAUCGCCAUCGCAACAGAGAAACAAUCUUACUCCAGUCAGCAGAUCCAGGAGGUGAACGAAAUGGUGCUAAAGACACGGGUAUACAAGGAUAAGGUGGCGCGAAUCAAAAUGCAAAUGCAUCAAAUACACCAGCGUACAAAGAAUUUAAGGGCGAAAGCACUGGAAAUCCAGGAACUGAAAGUAAACCAAUGCGCAUCGAAAUUGCAACAGUUGCACUACGAGGAAUCGCUUGUAGCCAGCAGUAAGCGUACACCAAGGAAAUCUUAGUAGACUCGAACAGACCUCAAUCGAAUGUUAUACUUAUUCCACCUACUUGAUACUUUCCCAUAUAAAUCAACAUUGAAGUAAGUGAGGUGGGAUGAAAGAAAACGCGUGAUUUUAAGUGCUACCUUGUUAGGAAAACCUGCAGCUUCGUCUGUCGGUCUGAUAUUUUUUUAUCUUUCAUCUAUUAAAAAACAACAACCGAAGACUAUUAUUACCGAGGAAAGAAUCUUAUCGAAUCAACCGAAUAAAGCAACACAAUCAAACUGGAA